AUGUCGCGCCAGCCAAAACUGCGACCUAAGUCACAUAUCCCAGGCUUCCCAGACGCCAUCUACAAUCUUGCUGCAGUCUCAUCCUUAUCGCAGCUUGAGUCUCGCGCAGGCCUUGGGGAGGAGAAGCAUGACCAGCGCGUCUUUCGUGUCAAGCGCAAGCAUGUGCUGAAGGCAUGCGAUCGUUGCAGAGUCAAGAAGACCAAGUGUGAUGGGAAACAGCCAUGCAACCGUUGUUCGGCCUACAAUCAUCCGUGUCUUUUCCGGGAAAGAAAAGCCACGCAGACCAAGGUGUACUCUCGAGGAUUCGUCGAAAUGCUGGAAUCACACCAUUCGCUGGUUGUGAAAGCACUCCAGAGGCUCUACAAAUUAUGUCUUGACAAAGAGGGGUUCCCUGGCGAGCCUCUGGUCGAGGUCUCGGAUGGUCAUCCUUUGACACAUGCGAUUUUGGAUCGUCUAGGGCUGAUCAAACAAGCCGAGGAGAACCCGGAUGAGCCUGAGGAAGAUUCGGAAGACCUUCGCUACCUGCGGUUUCUGUCCACCUCGACUGACUGCAGCGCUACAACGGAUCCCUCGCCAGAACCGGCCACACCCCCGGAUCCUUCCCCAAGUAACUGCAGUCCUAUUACCCCUUCAUCCAAGGGAAAUGAGCCUUGGAAAUGGGAGCUGCAGCCUGUUCAACCGCUUCACUCGGGACAUUAUGGCUACCCUCAUCCUGGAUACCAUCCCAUGGCGAUGCCCCGACCGAGUUUGGAGCCAACUGGCCUUCCGGUUGAACCUAAAAGCCCAGAUAUCGUGCCUCCCAUGGCCGACCAUGGACAUUCACUCUAUUACUAUAUGGGUGCCAGCUGUGAUGAAGGGCCCACCAAGAGCCGCCUGGAAGCUGAAGUGACAGCUAGGCCGGAAUCCCAACAGCCUGCAACGGCAUCUGGAUUCCCUGUGGUCAUGAUGAGUGACUAUAACUUACAUGUACAAGAACAUCAGUCCGUUUAUCCGCCUCUUCCAUCUGGCUGGGCGUAUACGUGUGGAUAG